GUGUUUAACUUCCAGAUUUGGUUUUCUGCCAUGCCCAGUCCAGGUCAUUAGAGGACAACAACCCUAGGAGGCUUCAUCUGGGUGUUUCUGACCAGCUCUUUAGGCGUAGUAGGCUGCAUCUGCUGGGGUAUUUAGUACAUAAGAACUGACAUUGUAAACAAACACCUAUUUAAACAACAACCGUAAGUCUAAGCAUCUGAGCUAUGGUUCAACUGGUUCUUUAUGACAAGUCAUUAUAUUUUCUUUAACUUAAAGUUUUUUUGUGUAAUUUUGAACAUUUAUAUCUAGAUAGGUUGAACACAUAUGAUAUGCAUUUUGGGCAAUCUUUUUAAAGAUUGUAGAACAAGAAAGUAAUUGUGGUGUUAACAACUUUGACUUUGAACUAGAAAAUCUGUUUUGGAGUGGUGGGCUGUGCCUGACACAGGCCAGGUCAAUAGCCUUAAAAACACACACCACACACCACAGCAUUUUGUGUAUGAUUUCAUCAGAGUUGGAGAGGUUCAUUAUUCAUAAAUCUUAGGUUAAGAACCUGACAGAACUCCAGUCCUGGCUUCUAUUUAAAGGGAUCCUUCAGUGAAUCUAAAUAAUUACCCCCUCAUUUGUCUGCCUGGCAAUGUGAUACAGUGGAAAGGACACUGAAGUCUAGCUAGACUGAUUCCGUUCAGCUUUCAUUACAGUCAUGUGAUUUUUGAGGAAAUCGGAAACACCUUGGUCUAAAUGUCAUCAGAUAUAAAUUAAGGAAAGAUUGCUGAAGGCCUAGUCAGUUAGACAUGUUAUAGAUACUAGAGAUACAGAAACUAGGUACUAGAUUACAUCAGAUGGAUGUGCUCCCAAUACAUUUUGAGUUUUGGAUUACAAAAAUUUAAUAUGUUCACGAUCUCAUCUCUCUUAAUCUUCACAGUGUCUCAUAUGCAGAUGUCAAUACUUAUUUUCAUGUGAAGGGAGUGAGGGAGCACACACAGUAAGGCAGUGUGUGCAGUGGUUAAGAGGAACAUGGACUCUGGGGACAGUUUUGGCAUGUGACUGACUUACAUUUAGACCCUACUUACCACAUCACAGAUGACCACACCAAGGUGUGUGCCUCAUCCAAAGGCGCAAAUGCCUCCAACCCUGGCCCUUUUGGAGAUGUCCUGUGUGAUUCUCCCUAUCAACUUAUUAUGUCAGCAUUUGAUUUUAUUAAGAAUUCAGGACAAGAAGCAUCUUUCAUGAUAUGGACAGGGGAUAGUCCACCUCAUGUUCCAGUACCUGAACUCUCAACAGACACUGUUAUAAAGGUGAUUACCAACAUGACAACAACCGUUCAGAACCUCUUUCCAAACUUGCAGGUUUUCCCUGCACUGGGCAAUCAUGAUUACUGGCCACAGGAUCAGUUGCCGAUAGCCACCAGUAAGGUGUACAAUGCUGUAGCCAAGCUCUGGAAGCCAUGGCUAGAUGAAGAAGCUAUUAGUACUUUAAGCACAGGUGGCUUUUAUUCACAGAAAGUUACAUGUAAUCCAAAUUUGAGGAUCAUUAGUCUAAACACGAACUUGUACUACGGCCCAAAUAUCGUGACCCUGAACAAGACAGACCCAGCAAAUCAGUUUGAAUGGCUGGAAAAGACAUUGAAUAGCUCUCAGCAAAAUAAGGAAAAGGUAUACAUUAUAGCACAUGUUCCAGUGGGCUAUCUGCCCUUUUCAAGUGGUAUCCCAGCAAUGAGACAAUACUAUAAUGAGAAAUUGAUAGAUAUUUUUAGAAGAUACAGCAGUGUCAUUGCAGGACAGUUCUAUGGACAUACUCACAGAGAUAGCAUUAUGGUUCUUUCAGAUGAAAAAGGAAGUCCAGUAAGUUCUGUGUUUGUGGCUCCUGCUGUUACACCAGUGAAGGGUGUUUUGCAAAGGGAGACCAACAAUCCUGGUGUCCGACUGUUUCGGUAUGAGCCUGGUGAUUACACAUUAUCGGAUAUGUUGCAGUACUAUUUGAAUUUGACAGAAGCAAACCUAAAGGGGGAAUCCAACUGGAAGCUGGAAUAUGUCCUGACUCAGACCUAUGGCAUCGAGGAUUUGCAGCCACAGAGUUUAUAUGGAUUAGCUAAACAAUUUUCAAUGCUAGGCAGCCAGCAGUUCACAAAAUAUUACAAUUAUUUCUUUGUGAGUUACGACAGCAGUGCAAUUUGUGAUAAGAAAUGUAAGGCCUUGCAAAUUUGUGCAAUUAUGAAUCUUGAUCAUAUUUCCUAUGUGGAUUGCCUCAAACAAUAUUAUAUAAAGAACAAUAACUAGUAUUUCAGUUUGUGUUCAUGGAAAAUGUAACAUUACCCUGCUUCUAAGAUCAGUUUGUGGGAAUUGUUAUGUAAAUCUUUGUGAAUUACUUAAUGGGAAAACAGAAUUACUGUUUCUUUUUUGUGAUGCCCAAGUGUAGAUAUUUACAAAACUCUAAAUUCUUAAAUGUCGAAUAUGUUUAAACUGCCCAUUAAUGUUUGGAUGUAACUAUCCUAUCU